GCAAGAAUCAGCCUCUUUCUGUUCCUGGAAUCAUCUUUAAGUAUAAUCAGUAGAAACCAGUUACUAGAGGCAAUUGCUUUUGAGUAUGAAGCCUUCAAGCAAGAGGAGGAAGCAGAAAUAAAAACUAAGGGGCAGAAAGUUGAUCCACAAGUUUAUUUCAUGAAACAAACCAUCAGUAAUGCCUGCGGAACUGUUGGCCUUAUACACGCACUGGCUAACAAUCGAGAUAAACUGGAAUUUGAACCGAAUUCAGUUAUGAAAAAGUUUUUGGAUUAUUCCAGCUCCUUAAGUCCUGAAGAAAAAGCAAAAUACUUAGAAAAAGAUGAGAGUAUUCGUGUUACGCAUGAAUUCAGUGCGCAGGAAGGACAAACUGAGGUAUGUUUACUUACUUUACCAUUGAUCUUAAAUUGCAUCCUCUCAUACGUUCACAAACCUGUUUAA